CGUACGGUUGUUUGUUUAUUGGAAUGGAGCAAUAUGAUGAGUUCGCUGUAGGAGUGUCAAUAAUGAGUUAUGCAUUGGAUGGUGGUGAAGGUAGAAGACGCUCGAGUCAUACAUCGCUAGAUGAUGUCAUGGGCUGGAUAGAGGCCAGGAAGGGGGCACUCCAAUCGGCCAGGACAGAAGUGGGGGGGUUUGAAUACGGUGCGGUAGACGAAGAAAGAGCAGCAGCAGCAGGAGACUCUGUUUCGGAUGGGACAAGCGGUCGUGGCUCGGAUCAUUACGAAGAGGACAACAGACCUCGACUGAGAAGAAGAUUGUUUGAACAAGUGCAGCACGGAAGCAACCAAGAAAACAGUGCUUUUUCGAUAUGUGAAUUUGAUGCCACUUUGGGUCAAAGUCACAGAGAGAGGAACAGCCACACCACCAAGAGAGACCACAGAUUCAUCCGACUGAUGACUACCCUCUUAGUACACCAGAAGGACUAUGUAAAUCUGCGCAGGUGUGUCAAAUGGGCAACCAUCCUCACAGCGGUCAUGUCCGUGUUUCUGUACGCCAGAAUAGAACUGUCUCUCUACCGGAACUCUUCGGAGAGCUCAGACGAUGCAGUGAUGUGCUUACUAAGGUUGUGCUCGUCUGUCAUGAUCACUGCGCCCAACAUCACCUUCAGGAAAGAGCUGAAGAAGAUGAUGGAGCGAGAACAUUCUAGACUAAUCCUGCUUUCAGUUAACCCCAAGAAGUACAUCAAAGUGUGCGCCUGUUUCCUCCUGUUCGAAAUUGUUUUUGCAGGUGGAUGUUCUUAUUACUGGGCGGAGUCAUAUUGGCCCGAGGUGGAGGCGGCGAACAGCACUACAGUAAAGAGCAGUGGGAAGUACGCCCUCAUGGUUGUACACCCCUUGAACAUCAUCGUCACUAACAUGUGGAACUUCGCCAUAGCCAUCAUGUGCAUGAUGGUAUGUGGACACCUCAUAGACGCGUUGUCCAAGUUAGCGGAUGAUUUGAGGGAUGAUAAAGUUUUGUGUGAGCUGAACUUUGCAACGACAGAGAAAGGGAGGAGAUUUGCGCUGCAGAAGUACCCUUUGCUGGCCGAGGAGACAAAACACUUCACUCAAGAGGACAUCAUGCGGCUGAGACAUCAAAUAAUGACGCCGGAGAAAAUACUCACCCGAUAUUAUGAUCUACAGAUGAAGCUGAAUGCCUGUUCCAUUGGGUUCCAGAAGUGGUUCCUCGUCAACAUUGUGGCCAUCUUCUUCUCCGUGAUCGAGUUCCUCUUCUCCCUGUUGGGGGAUGUGGGAAGAGAGCAGGAUGUGAGCAGUCUAUUCCUGGUCUCUUCCCCGCUUUUCUGGGUGCCCUUUCUCAUCCGCUCAGUCAUGAUGGUAAACCUGAAGGCCACUAUGAUAGUGCCGCACAUGUACCCAUUGGAAGAGAGACUCCCAGUGUUUCAAAGAUUUGGUAACCUCCCUCUAUCUUUUCACGUGUAUGGCCAGAAGCUGAACCGGACUUCUGUGGCUGCCCUCAUUUCUGUGCUCUUAAUUGGACUAGUUGGUCGUAUCUGGAGUCUCGCAGAUCUCUGACCUGGGGCAAACUCAUUUACACAAAGUGCAUCAUGCUAAAUUACUCAUUCUUCACCACAUUUAUCCGACCGAACUUAAAAACAACAGUCAUAUCAAAAUGAUAAUAAGAAAGAAAUUUGGAUGUCAUCAAAAUCUCUUCGUGGUUCCGCACUGCAUGCUACUAUUAUGGAAGCAACUAACAGGAAAUGAUAUAUAUAUUUUUUAAAUUAAAAUAGGUAAACUAA